AUGGACUCGACUGCCACAAAUGGUAGCACUCACAGCAAGAAAGAAGACAAUCCACAGACUUCAUCCGCGACCAAAGAAAGCCACACUGAUGAGCAAGAUGAAUAUGCGCGUUCGCGGCAUGGCAGGUUCCGCUUCAAAUCGUCCAAAUCCAGAUUGAAGCGCGACGGUUCGCCAUCUUCUUCUUCGCAUAGACAUUCGGACAAAGAUUAUGAUGAGCAUCGUCACAGUCACCAUCACCAUCACCGUCGACACCGUCACCACCACCAUGGACACCACCGCUCCUCUAAGCGGCGAAAGACCGAGUCCUCCCCGCCGCCAUCCCCGCCCUUUGAUCCGCCUCUGUCACCAAACACCGCUUUCCGCGAGUCUCUCUUCGACGCCCUGGCAGACGACGAGGGCGCUGCAUUCUGGGAAUCGAUCUAUGGACAGCCUAUCCACACAUACGCGAUACCGUCCGUGCCCAAGGGCCCCAACGGCGAGCUCGAGCGCAUGACAGACGAGGAGUACGCGGAGUACGUACGGGCCCGAAUGUGGGAGCGAACGCACGAAGGCAUGAUGGAAGAGCGGGAGCGUCUUCGAAGGGAAAAGGAGAAGGAGAAGAGGCGAGCGGAGGCCGAGCGACGACGAGCUGAAGAACAACUGAAAUUCGAACGAGCGAUAGAGGAGAGUCUGAGACGUGGGGAGGAGAGAAGACGAGCCAAGGCCUGGAAGGCCGCAUGGGAGGAGUAUCAGCGAAGCUGGGAAGAGCUCAAUGCUGCGGUGGCGGCCAAGGAGGAGCCUGGCACCAGCGCUGCUGCUGGCGACGGUCCCGAGAAUAAAAAGAAGCCGUUUAUCCUCCGCAACCACCUCUUCUGGCCUGUCGAGUCCGGGAAAAGACGGGACAUCUCACGCGAGGCCGUGGCGGAGUUUAUGCGCCAUGCCCCUGCUGCUGCUGCCGCCUCUGGACACGCAGACAUCGUCGCCACGCUCAAAACCGAGCGUGUGCGCUGGCAUCCCGAUAAGAUGCUUCAUCGGUUCAUGGUGCAGUCAAGAAGUGACAUUUCGGCGCUACGGUUGGGAUGGGAUUAUAUCAAGGUUACUGGGUUACCUAGUAUGCAGUAA